AUGGAUAAGUCAUGGAUGAAGGCUGAUAGAAGAUCACUACAGUUUCAGUUAGGACUUGAAGAAUUUCUGAAAUUUGCAUCGGAUAAUGCAAGGGACAUAAAUAAAAUAUGUUGCCCUUGCUUGAAGUGCCAUAACACUGAUUUUGGUGGUAUAGGGCUGAUUAAGGACCAUAUAUUUUUUAACGGUAUUGAUGUUAGUUAUAAGCAUUGGAAGUGGCAUGGAGAACCAUCUGCUUCUGCCUUGCAUGCUCUUAGAGGGGAUUCUGAAACAGUCGAAAUGAAUCUUGAUUUAGGCAUACAAGCAGAAGCUGUAGGGUUAGAGGGUAGUGAGGAUGAGGAGAUUUCGGAAGACUCGAACGAGUUUAUGCAGUUUGUAGAAGAUGGAGAUAAGCCUCUAUAUCCUGGUUGUACCAAGACAACCAAGUUGAAUGGUUUGAUACAAACAUUCAAUCUGAAAGCAAAGCAUGGCAUGACUGAUGCGUGCUAUUCAGAUAUGUUAAUUAUGAUUGGCCUCUUGCUUCCAGAAGGAAAUGAUUUACCAGGGUCUACUUAUGAGGCUAAAAGAACACUUUCCGCAUUGGGGAUGGGGUAUGAAAAGAUUCAUGCUUGUCCAAAUGACUGCAUCUUGUACAGAUUGCACCAUGCUGAUGCGACCAGUUGUCCAACUUGUGGUGAAUCAAGGUGGAAACUUGGAAAGGACAAAUCUGAGAAAGAAGGGGUUCCGGGGAAGGUAUUGUGGUACUUCCUUCCGAUCCCAAGGUUCAAACGGAUGUUCCAAUCGAAAGUGUCAGCUAAGGAGCUAACUUGGCAUGCCAAUGAUCGAAAGAAAGAUGGAAUGAUGAGGCAUCCAGCCGAUUCCCCAACUUGGAAAAUGAUUGACACAAAAUGGUCAGACUUUGGUCUAGAAAGUAGGAACCUUAGAUUAGCGCUUUCAUCAGACGGGUUUAAUCCACAUAGUUCUCUAAGUAGCAAAUACUCAUGUUGGCCUGUUAUACUUAUCACCUAUAACCUUCCUCCAUGGUUAUGCAUAAAGAGGAAGUACAUGAUGUUGACUAUGUUAAUUUCUGGACCCAAACAACCCGGAAAUGACAUCGACGUCUAUCUACAGCCAUUAGUGGAUGAUUUGAAAGUGUUGUGGGAUGGGGUUGAGAGAGUAUAUGAUGCUGUAAGAGGAGAGUAUUUUAAACUGAAGGCGAUACUAUUAUGGACAAUUAACGAUUUUCCCGCGUAUGGGAAUUUAUCGGGAAGCAUUGUGAAAGGAUACAAUGCUUGUCCAAUAUGUGUUGAUCAGACAAGACCCUAUAGGUUGAAGCACUCUAAAAAAAUGGCAUUCAUAAGGCAUCGACGAUGGCUGCCACGACAUCAUCCUUAUAGAAAGCAAGCUGCUGCUUUCGACAACACCAUAGAGGAGGGUGAAGCUCCUACACCAUUAACUGGAGAGGAGAUGUUGACCAGAGUUCAAGGUCUAAAUCGACCAUUUGGCAAGAAAAACCCUCCUCCCCCUUAUAAGGGUCUUGAAGAUGAAAACAGACCUUGCUGGAAAAAAAGGUCUGUUUUCUUCGAACUUGAUUACUGGGAACAUCUUCCGGUAAAACAUAAUCUUGAUGUGAUGCACAUUGAGAAGAAUUGUUGUGAUGCUAUUCUUGGUACGCUGUUGAACAUUUCUGGAAAGACUAAGGAUGGAGCUGCUGCUCGUUUAGACAUGGUCGAAAUGGGUAUACGGUCUGAUUUGAAGCCUACAACUACUGCAAAAAGGGACAAGUUGCCUUUGGGUAGUUGGAACUUGUUCCUAGAUGAGAGAAAGAUUGUUUGCAGUUCCUUUUUCAAUAUGACCGUUCCAGUUCGGUUUUCAUCCAAUGUACGAAAUCUGGUGUCAAUGGAGGAUUUACGACUUGCUGGUCUUAAAUCACAUGAUUGCCACACUAUAAUGCAACUUCUUCUCCCUGUUGCAUUACGUUCAAUUUUGGAGAAACCAGUUAGGUACGCAAUUAUUCGGUUUUGCCUAUUCUUCAAAGCAAUAUGCAGUAAAGUGAUCGACGUUUCAAAAUUGCAACAAAUGCAAGCAGACCUGGUCGAUACAGUUUGCCUGCUUGAGAAGUUCUUUCCACCAUCAUUUUUUGACAUAAUGAUUCACCUAACUGUCCAUCUUGUUAGGGAAGUCGAGUUAUGUGGUCCGAGUGUUACAUUGUAG